GAGGACAGACUCUCUGCCCUCACAAAGCCACAAAGCGCAUCUCUGUUGGAUUAAAGGGAGAACUGGAGAGAGGGAUUUCAGUCACCGAGGAACAGAAACCUGCCGCCCAUUCACAGCAGAAAUGGCAAAGAUCUUCAAGAAAUCCAGUGGCAAUGGCUCGAUCUCCCUCUACCUGGGGAAGAGAGACUUUGUGGAUCACGUGGACAGUGUGGACAUUGUUGAUGGUGUGCUGAAGGUGGACCCCUCAGAACUGGAGGGCAGGAAAGUGUGGGUGCAGAUGCUCUGUGCCUUUCGUUAUGGCCAAGAGGACCUGGAUGUGAUCGGACUGUCCUUCAGGAAAGAUAUCUGGAUUCAGCACAUACAGAUUUACCCGUCUGAAGGAAGUAAGCCAGCCAACACCCCCAUGCAGGAUGCCUUGAUGAAGAAAAUUGGGGACCAGGGCCAUCCCUUCACCUUCACAAUUCCUAACAACCUGCCAUGCUCUGUCACUCUACAACCAGGACCUGAUGACAAGGGCAAAUCUUGUGGUGUUGACUUUGAAGUGAAAGCGUACAUCGCCAAGGAAGCAGACAACCCGGAUGAGAAAGUAGAAAAGAAGGACACCUGCCGUUUGAUCAUUCGAAAGAUCCAGUUUGCUCCCGACCAAACAGGUGUGGGGCCCAAGGCCGCAAUCAGCAGGCAGUUCAUGAUGUCAGACAAGCUGGUCCAUCUAGAAGCUUCUCUGGGGAAGGAGGUGUAUUACCAUGGUGAUCCAAUCACAGUCAAAGUAAAAAUCAACAAUGAAACCAACAAAGUUGUGAAGAAAAUUAAAAUAACGAUUGACCAGACUGCAGAUGUGGUGCUCUACUCAGCUGAUAAAUACACAAAGUGUGUGCUGAAUGAGGAGUUUGGGGAUAGCGUCAAUGGCAAUUCAACAUUUGAGAAAGAGUACCAAAUUACUCCCUUGUUGGCAAACAACAAAGAGAAGCAUGGACUGGCCCUGGACGGAAGGCUGAAGGAUGAGGACACCAACCUGGCAUCCACCACAAUGCUGAGGCCUGGUCUGAAUAAAGAGGUUCUUGGAAUCCUGGUCUCCUACAAAGUGAAGGUCAACCUUAUGGUUUCCAGAGGAGGCAUCCUGGGAGACCUGACAGCCAGUGAUGUUUGUGUGGAACUCCCCUUGAUCUUGAUGUCUCCGAAACCUGCAGGUAAGGUAGACAUAAAUCUUGAGUAGAUUCCCCUGGAAAGAUGACGUAUAAUGAAAGACAGCGAGGAGGACAGACUGACUCAGCCCAUCAGAUACGUUGUGAUCAGAACACCAAAUGGGGCGGCUAUUGUUCCUCCUUGCAAUGCAAUUACCUAGCCCCUCCCUCUUUUGAAUUUUCCAUCAAGAAAGUGCUCAGAGGUGCUGGGAGACCUCAGUACAGUCUGAAAACCAUUCACUGUCUACCCAACACUGCUGCAUUUUUGUCCCCUGCACAAGUGUUUCCAUUUAGGGUUUAUUUAACGUAAAAUGCAUUUAUACCGAAGAUAGUCAGUAGCACAUCCAUGCAAUAGUCUUCUAAUAUUCCACAAUGUCAGGAUAUAGAUGUAAAAUUUUUACUGAAUAAGAAAAUAUGGGGAUAAAUUAUUCAUGGGGAUAAGUAAUUCAUAAGUUAUUCUGAUUGUACAAAGCAAAGCUGUAGAUGUGCUGAUUUUGAGUACAAAUAAUAUACUUUAGUAUUUAGUAUUGUGUUACUUUUGGGAAAUGCGUAACCUGUGUCAUUUUUGUAUUCUGUUUCAACAAAUCUAACAUGUACAACC